AUGCCCUGCCUGGGGGGGCUCUACACCUUCCCGCCGCCCUCCCCCGCCGGGGCGCCUUUCAGCCAGAGAUCCCGCCUGGGAGGAGCGGGAGCCCCCGAGGAGGAGGAGGAGGAGCAGGAGCAGGAGGAAGGCGAGCCCGGCGGCAGGGGGGUCUCUCCGUUCCUGGGGGGCGGCCGGCCCAAGAGGAAGCGAGUCAUCACCUCGGCCCAGCGCCAGGCGGCCAACAUCAGGGAAAGGAGGAGGAUGUUCAACCUCAACGAGGCCUUCGACCAGCUGCGGAAGAAGGUGCCCACCUUCGCCUACGAGAAGCGCCUCUCGCGGAUCGAGACCCUGCGCCUGGCCAUCGGCUACAUCGCCUUCAUGACCGAGCUGCUGGACGGCCGCCGCGGCCCCAAAGAGGCCGGCUAGA